CCUCGGCGGAAAGUGCACCAAAUUUAAAUUUCUUUAAAUUAUCGCCUUUGAUUACGAGAGAAACCGUUUUCUAAGCAGCGAAAUUCGCUUAUUUUUUGAUUAAUUUUAUAAAAAAUUAAAAAUAUUUAAUUUAAAAGUUAAAAUGGGUAACUAUAAUAGCAAAAAUGACAUUGUUGAGGAGGCAGGCCCAUCUUUUGCUGCCGAACAAAAAAUGUCCACUCCGGACACGGACCGGUCAGCGAAUUUUUCUAGAAUUAGGGAUUUCAUUGAUCCAAGGUCACCGACGGUUGGAAUAGAUAGGACGCCGAUUCAAGUGACAGCCACUCCUCGACCGGUUGUUGUGGACCCCAGGUCGCCGACUUAUGGUAUCAAAAGGACUCCAAUUGUUCAAGGUUUUUUCUACCAGCCCAGCGCCCUGGAGUCAAGUGUUGAUGAGGAAAGAUUAUUUUCCAAUGACAUCCCGGUCUGCGAUUUUGAUUCGCUAAUCCAGGAAACUGAAAACCUACAUGCGGAAAGUGCCCAGCAGGCAGUUGUACAGGAAAAUGUCAAUAGCAACAGCAGUAGUUUUAUAAUUUAUGAAGAACCAGAAGGGUUAGAAACGGUGAAAAACAACGACCAGCUUAGCACAGCAUCAUCUGCUAUUGACAGUAACAAUGACCAGCUUAACGCAACAUCACUUAGAAUCGACAGCGCUACUGACCAACUUAACACGCAACCAUCUGCCAGUAGCAACAACAACAACGACGUCAUCAUCGAUUUGUCAAAAUCUUCGGCUGGAAAUAAACCUCAAAAUGUGGCUAAAUCAAGUAAAGCUCUGCUAUCGAAGAGCCCCAACGUUAGGUCGCCGUUGUCCAAUAAAAAUUGUCAUCUAUCUGAUAGACCGUCGGCAAUUGUCCAGAGGAAGCAGAUUAUAAAGAUGGCUGAGAAGAUGAAGAUGAAUAAUAAUAAUAAUAAUAAUAACUAUCAUGCUGCUGAUGACGGAGAGGAUAAAGAGAAUUUGAUUUAUUAGUCUGUCUGUGUACUUGUGUUUGUCUGUCUUUGAAUUUGUGUGAGUUGUGUGUGUGUGUGUGUGUUUGUGUUUGUGUGAGAGAGAGAGAGAGAGAGAGAGAGAGAGAGAGAGAGAGAGAGAGAGAAUAACAACUUGGCUGAUAAUAUUGCCUAUUACUGAAAGAUUUAAAAUUUAACUGGUUGAUUGGUCAAUUGAUUGAUUGAUGGCUGAUUAAAUUAUUAAAUUAUAUGCUAGAUUGAAUGAUUAACUGAUUAUUUUUACAGUUUUACAGACAAUUUGACGAAUAAAAAAAUUUCUUUUUUGCUUGCUUCUUUGUUCCAAAGAUGUCCUUAAAAAUUAUUAUUGCUCAAUUUUAAAUAAAAAUAUAGAUAUAUGUAUAUGUAUUCACACAAUAUUGUGUACGCGUGUGUAUGUAGAUGUGUAUGUAUAAAGGUUUAAAUAUAUAUAUUCAUAUACAUUCAUGCAAAUGUAUGUGUGUGAUUGGGUCCGUUUUUUGGCAAAAAUAAAUAAAGCUAGUGUUUCGUA